AAGACUCUCUUUAAGAGUAGAUGUUGAGUAAACUAUAUACGCUCAAGAACAACUCAAACUUCACAAAUUGGCUCUAGAAAGCUAUGGAAAAUAAUGUUGUUUGGAUGCAAUGAUAAUAUGAAUAAAGAAUUGGAGAAGGUCAAUCAACUUCUAGGCCACCACUCUUUGAUGGCACCAACUACUUCUAUUGGAAGGAACGGAUGAGAAUCUAUAUCCGUUCCACCAACUUCCAAUUGUGGUUGGUGAUCAAGAAUGGCGAGGAAAUCCCUAUGAGGAAAGUGGGAGAAACCACAGUCCCAAAGACCGAGGACGAAUUUGAUGCCGAGGACAUCAAGAAGAUUGAGAAUUAUGCAAAAGGCCAUCAAUAUGCUAUAUUGUGCGGUCAACCCCGAUGACUACCGAAAGAUCUCCUAUUGCACAACCGCCAAGGAGAUGUGGGACAAGCUUGAAGUGACGUACGAAGGUACCGAUCAAGUGCGUGAAGCCAAGAUCGAUUUUCUCACCCAGGAGUAUGAAAUGUUUCGAAUGAAGGAAGGUGAGAAAAUUGACGACAUGUUUGAUCGUUUCUCAAAAAUUAUAAACGAUCUCCAUGCUCUUAAGAAGACGUAUACCAACAAGCAUCUCGUAAGGAAAAUCCUGCGAAGCCUCACCCCCGAAUGGAGAUCGAAAGCCGAUCCAAUCUAUGAAUCCAUUGGAGUCUCCAACGUCACCAUCGACGGGCUAAGAGGUAAUCUUAAAACCUAUGAAUCUACUAUUCUAACCCCGUCUUUGGAUGAACAAAAGAAGAAAGGUAUAGCACUUAAAGCAACCAAGGAAACGAUGGAAGAAGUUUCAAGCGAUGACGACAACGAGUUUGGACUCGUCAUUAAGAAGUUUCACAAGUUCAUGAAGAAGGAGUUUGAGCGGAAGGGAAGGAAGCACGACGGUCCUCCCAAGUGCUACGGCUGUGGCGAGAUUGGCCACAUCAAGCCAAGGUGUCCAAAAGCAGAGCACGACAAGGACAAGCCCGAUUUCAAGAAGCAAAGGGCUUACAUAUCUUGGGGUGGCGAUUCCGGCGAUGAAUCAACCGACCAAGAGGAGGAUGAAGCUGCAAAUCUUUGCCUCAUGGCGCACGAAGACCAAAACGACGACGUCCAAGAGGUAGAUAAGAGCAGGGCAGGAACUUCCGGAAAAUCAAAGUCUAAAUCGCGGGCACCGGCAACCAAUUCCGAGGAGCGCCUCUGGUUCGAUUCCGAGGAGGAGCGCACCCGUUUCCUCACUUUCUUCUCUAAACGGGUUGUGGCUCCCCCGCGGAUUGUCCCGGAGCGCUUCCCGGAGUUGCAGGGCUACGACGACCUAGACGCGCAGCUCCACCAAACCGGCCUUUGGCCGUUCGUCUCCCGGGCUAGGAAGGAGAUCAACCCGGCGCUGAUUCAGGUCUUCUACUCCAACCUCCGGCGUGAGGACGACGUGCUCUACUCCCUUGUCAAGAGAACACCGAUUAAGCUUUCCAUUGAGCAGCUUGGGCGCAUCACUGGCCUUCCCUACCAAGGCGAUGACAUCUCCACCUAUGACGGAGAAGACUGGGUGCUCAACAACGAGGGCCUUGUCCUCAACGAGCUUGGCAUCAACGAGCUCAUCCGCCACGCCACGGGCCGCCCCACCAUCCACUUCGCAAACCCCGAGAGCCGCCUCCUUCUCUACAUCCAUCCACCGACCACGAUCACCUCCUCCCGUACCCCUUCUUGGGACAUCCUUGAACGGUUCAAGGUGACCACCAUCGUUGGCCCGCUCACGAAGGCCACGAAGAUUUGGACGAUCAGCACCCAAACCUUCAAGAAACGGUCAGACAACGCCGGACCUACCACUGCCGCGCCACGGUGCCGUCCUGCUGCUGGUCCAGCCAAACCCCAGCCCCGGGCCAACCUUGCCUCUAUCGCCGACUCCCUCAACCGGCUUCACUUCAAAGUUGACGGGAUGGAUGGCUACCUUGAGCGGCUCCACGAGGUUGUUCAACGCCAAGGGCAUGCCAUGAAUGCGUACUUCCAACGCGUCAACUACAUCCCCCCACCGUACCAAGACACAUUCCUUGGGCAAGUGUACGGUGACGAGGACGAAGAGGAUGGCUCCUACGCCCCGUCAAGCUCCCCAGACGAGGACGAGUUCGAUGACGCCGUUGACGGGGAUGAGAUGGACGUCGACGACGACGAGGAGGAAACCAAAGACAAAGACUAGGCCGCACCUAGAAUUUUUAUCUCUUCUUCUUUCAAUUGUCUUGUUUUUUUUAUUGCUUCCGUUGUACUCCUCUAUUUCCCAAUUUAAUAAAUAAAAUCAUCUUUU